AUGGAAUCGAACACCCUUCACCUUACGCCGGAGAAGGAGAAGGAGGGGAGGAGCACCACCAUACUGCCGAACAAGAUUCUCACAAGAGAGCCGUCCGUAAUCGAAAUAGAGCUCGCAUCUUCGCAUACCACACCCUCAAGAGACCCUCUCGCCUCUCCUGAUUGCUCUUUAAAUGACCGAGAAACUUCGCAAUGCAGCUCGCAAACCGAGAUCGUCAGCAUGAUGCAACUCCUUUUCCUCGUCUUCAAGCGCACUGUCGCUUGGGUUGGAGGCGGUAUCGUCAUUAUGAUUCUCGGUAUCGGUAUAUUCCAGGCUGCUCUCCUCCCAAAGAUCUUUACAUGCCCACCUGGCGCGACAUGCGACAACUCCUACGACCCCAACACAACCAUGGUGCUGCAACUCCUACAAACGGCUAUGAGCUGGUGGCUCAAAGUCGGUCUCAUCGUAUCUGGUUUCGGCCUGCUUCGACUUAGCGCAUACCAAUCGUGGUUUGUCAUGAUGAAGCACGGAAACAGCAUCGACAACCUCGACCUCACCCUCGGCGCCGUUAAGGGUAGCCUUCUCGAUGCCUGCCGGCUCGUCCUUCGACGGGGAAACAUCUUCCUCAGUCUACUCCUUCUUGCACAAAUUGGUAUCGGUGCCGCUAUCAAUCUGUUCGUCGGUCUGUCCAUCGUCCGAUCGCCUGGAAAUCGCGUGGUACCCUUUUCCUACCCUCCCAUCUCUCAACUCCCAGACAGCAGCAUUGCGGGUCUCAAUAGCGAUGGUCAGAACCAAGCAAAGGCGAAGGUCGUUGGAUGGGCGCUGACGAACGACAUGAGACAUGGUGGUGCGCUGCGUGGCUCCCUUGUUACGCCGGACGGGCGAAGCAACGCCUCCGUGAACGCGCAGCCUGGAGGACCCAUCAUCAGCGGCUCCAUCUCGUGCACCCCCGUCGCCAACGAGAACAUAACCAAAAUAACAACCAACGGCGCUGACACGUACAACAUCCUGCACAACACGCGCGAAUACCUCGCCCUGCCCAACAUGUUCCUCUCCGUAUCCAUGACGCUCAUCGGCACCGCGCGAGUCACCUACCUCUGGGUGAGCAACACCACCGGCAUGCUCCCCAAUGCUACCCUCACCCCCGACGGCGUCAUGUACGUCACACUCUGCAACCACGAUGUCUUCUUCCUCGACGCGCCGCCCCAGGUCCCGGGCGUACAGUACCUCGAGCCAAAUACCGCCGUCGUCUCCGGGUGCCGGAGCCAGGACAUGGGUGUGUGCGUCGCCGACUCGGUGUCGAACACGAUUAUGCACUGGUGGGGUGGUAUCGGGCAAUCGUUCUGGAACGUCGCAUGCCGCGGGGGCGUCAUUGGGCCUCUCAAGCGCCAGGCGCCGCACUGUGCACUGACGAACGAGUUAUGGGUGGAGACGGUCACGUCCGUGCUGGACGGGAUCAUGCAGACGUCGCCGUCAAGAGGGCUGGACGUGCAGGGGCUCGAUGCAAGUGUGCAUAAUAUCGACACGACGUGGUGGUGGCUCCAGGGCGUCAUUCCACUCAUGACGCUCGCGCUCUACUUCCUCGCAUUGGCGUAUACGUGUUACCUGAGUCAAGGGAACUCGACGCUGAAGAGCUUAAAUUUGGAGGAAAUCAUCGGGGCGGCGCAGACGGACCAUGUGAAGGAUCUAAUUCAGUCUGGUCGGCUGAGAAAGUCGACGAUGAGGUAUGACAACGGGUUCACCCGAGAUAACGCGCAAGGGCCCUAA